AUGCUCUGCUCGGUCUUGAUACAUCAACCGACACCGAAUCGCCUGCAUGAAGUCAGACCCAGUCAGUCAGCCAGCCAGACGUCUACGCUUACAUCCAAACUAAGGGACUAUGGUGACAUCAAUCAGGUGACAAACUGCAAUGCAUCACAGAGUGAUGUGUGUGCGCGAAAUACGCAGCAAACUGACGACGACGACGAUAAACUAUCACUUUUCCAGACGUAUGGCAUUUCAUUUGAAAUGAGAGGAGCUGGAGGAGCGGAGAAGAAGGAUGACACCAGGAGAAUGCACAGCACAAUGUAUGUCGCCGGAGAUGUUGUCGCUGAGUGGAGUCAGACAUAA